UUUUUUUUCAAGAUAAAUUUAGAAGGGCAAAACCGCCUAAAAUGGUGACAAACUCACAACCCCAAAUUUCGUGAGACCAUCAAAAUUCAAAGCUACUGACUGAGAUCAAAUCCAUUCUUGUUAAUAUUAAUCUCAUAAACCCUUUGGAGUUUAGGGUUUUAGCAGAAAGAGUUACUAUGCUUAGAAUUGGAGCUAAGCUCUUUAGAACUGCAAGAAUUGGUAGCUCCACCUUGUCUCAUUUCAGGUCACCUUCAAGAUUCUUAUCUUAUAGUAACAAUAACAACAAAAAUGUUAAUAACACUGGUUUCAAGACAAGCCCUGUUGCUCUUCAGAUGAUUAAUUAUGCUCUUUCUCUUGCCCGUGCACAAAAAUCAGAUGAAUCAUAUGCGCAAGCUCAAUUGAUACUUGAGCAAUGCCACUCAACUCAGUCGGAUGAGAGUGCUAAAGGAUUGGUUUUGUUCGCUAUGUCUACCUUAUUUUCUGAAAGCGGGAAUUUUGGUGAAGCCAUUGAGAAGCUCCAGAAAAUUCAAGAAUUGGGCUUGUCAUCUUUAGCUGUUAGAGUUGCCGCCUCUGAAGCACUUGCUGGGCUUUAUUUAGAAUCGUAUCAAGAUGAUUCUUCAUCAGCAACUGCAGAUAUGUGCUUGCAACUGCUGGAAACCAUAAGGCUAGGGAUUGGUGGUGGUGGAUCUGAGCUUUUGGAAGCUCGUGCCAAGGCAUUGAAAGGGCUGGUUGAGUUGGUACGUGGUAACGUUGAAUCAGCCCAGUCAUUCUUUGAAGGAGCUCAGGGUGAUAAAGGUUGCUUUGGCAACGUUGCGCUAUCUUAUGGUGAAUUCUUGCAUUGUAUGCGGAAUUUCCAAAUGGCGAGGGAGUUAUAUCAAAAGGCAAUGCAGGACGUAUCAGAAAGUAAAGAUUUUACUGACUCGCAGUCCUUAUCAGCGUGUAAUAUGAACUUGGAGGAGACUUUGGUUGGAGCUACUUGUGCUCUAGGACAGCUUGAGGCUCACUUGGGGAAUUUUGAUGAUGCUGAAGAAUUACUAACUGCAGCAUUGAAGAAAGCAGAAGAGCGCUUUGGUAAUUAUCAUCCAAAGGUAGGUAUCAUUUUGACCUGCGUAGCUCUCAUGUAUCGACAUAAAGCAGCCAUGGAGCGGUCAAGCUCGCUUUUGAUCCAAGAGGGACUCUAUAGAAGAGCAAUUGAAGUGCUCAAAGCUCCACCCUUGGAAGUAGAAGGUGUUGAAGCGAUUAAGUCGAGAAGGGAUAUACUUGCCCUUGCAAGAGGUGGUUAUGCAGAGACGCUUAUUGUGCAACAAAACAGAAAAGCAGAAGGUGAAAAGAUGAAGCGGUGGGCUGAAACAGCUUGGACAAAUCGCAGAUUAUCACUCGCUGAGGCACUAGAACCAUCCGAGUCAUCAGCGAAGGUGGCUGUCAUAGACACUCGAAUAAGCCGGAUCCUGUAGUUUCCCUUCUUACAUGUUUCCGUGGAAAUGUUAAGGCGCAUUAUGUUCAAAACUCACAAGUAUCUAUAUACUUUUAUAGAUAUAAUAUGCUCUAUAUGAGUUGUAAUGUUAGAGUUGAGCACUAUGUAAGCUUCUAGGUAGUACCCCUUUGAAUGCGUUAAAGAAAAGGUCUAAAAUUGUUUUGAUUUUGAUUUUCUUUAAUUGUUGUAGCUGGAACUGUUUCUGCACAUAAAUCCCAGAAUAGGUUUCAAAAUUUUCUUGAAAUAUGAAUGUAUUACUGUU